AGGAGACAUCCGAGUCACGCUCGGGUACAUCAUACGAGAAUGGUGUUUCUGAAGGGGAAUGUGAACCACUCCUCAUGCCUUCUCAACGGCGCUUUGUCCUUUUCCCCAUACAGUACCAUGAAAUCUGGAACAUGUACAAGAAAGCGGAGGCAUCUUUUUGGACUGCCGAAGAAAUGGAUCUCUCAACAGACAUUGUGCACUGGAAUACCCGACUAACUGCAAAUGAACGCCACUUCAUCUCACAUAUUUUAGCUUUUUUUGCUGCGUCUGAUGGCAUAGUUAACGAGAAUCUGGUCGAGCGUUUUUCCAACGAAGUCCAGAUCCCAGAAGCUCGAUGCUUUUAUGGUUUCCAAAUCAUGAUCGAAAAUGUCCAUGCCGAAACCUAUUCGCUCCUUAUCGACACACUCAUCAAGGACGUCAAUGAGCGCCAGUAUCUUUUUGAUGCCAUAGAGACAAUACCAGCCGUCAAGCGAAAGGCAGACUGGGCAUUACGAUGGAUAUCUGAUAAGGAGGCGACAUUCGCCACUCGGCUAGUUGCCUUUGCUGCGGUCGAGGGUAUUUUCUUUUCCGGCUCGUUUGCAUCGAUAUUCUGGCUUAAAAAGCGUGGAUUGAUGCCGGGGCUCACUUUCUCCAAUGAACUCAUCAGUCGUGACGAGGGGAUGCACACCGACUUCGCUUGUCUUUUAUUUACCCAUCUCAGGCGAAGACCACAACCGGAUGUUAUACAGAAAAUCAUUACAGAAAGUGUCCAUAUCGAACAAGAGUUCUUAGCAGAUGCUCUCCCAGUCAGCCUCAUUGGCAUGAACGCAACCCUAAUGUGCCAGUAUAUCGAGUUUGUUGCCGAUCGCCUUCUAGUAUCGUUGGGGAACGACAAGUUCUACAAUUCCACCAAUCCCUUUGAUUUUAUGGAGAUGAUUUCCGUGCAGGGAAAGGCAAAUUUCUUCGAGAGGCGCGUGUCUGACUAUGCAAAGGCACAUGUCAGACAAUCGAAUACUCCGGCAUCUUCAAGGGUGUUUUCUAUUGACGAGGAUUUCUAAACUUCAAUUCCCUUUUAUCGUCGCUCGUGCUGCGAUUUCAAUUAAUAAUAUAGAUUGAUGUCCCAUUCGAUCACGCACCUAAUAUCCUAUUCUACAGCUACCAUAUGCCUGUCUGUGCUUGUAAACCCCUACUUAGUCUUUAGCAUUCCCCGUAGCUCACAGUUCACAUAUUUUUAUAUAUCGGACCUUCAUUAGCUUCA